UAACAUCUCUGCCUACCAGAAAAAUGCUCAUGGGAAGAUUAUCAUCCUAUAUGAUGAUGAUGAGAGACUAGCCAGCCAGGCUGCCACUACCAUGUGUGAGAGAGGCUUUGAGAACUUAUUCAUGUUAUCUGGAGGCCUGAAGGUCCUUGCACAGAAGGUGCCUGAAGGGCUGGUCACUGGGUCAUUUCCAGUGUCUUGCCAGUUGGCAGCCUACACAGGAUCUGCCCGGAAAAGGGUCACCCCAAGAGAGACACCCGCACUUGCUGAGAAUAAAUGGAGAUUUACUGCAGAAGAUCUACAAAAGAUAGAAUACUACCUGGAAGAGGAGCAGAUCCCCUCAGACACUGCCAGCCGUCUCAGCCGUGCUUCCUCAGGCCGAGAUUCCAAGGCAACGGCUGUACGGAGCACCCAGAACCUCCCCACCGCCAGCCCAGCUGGCUCCCUCGCCACCCGCUCCUUCAGCAGCAGCAGCCUCCAGAACAAGCCCUGGAAGUAAAGACAGUGUCUCUUUCAGUUGAAUAAACGAAAGUCCCAGUUCUGGGAACCCCUGAUCAGUACAUCCCGUUUGUCAUUUUAGGAAGCUGCAAAGAGGAAAAAUAAACCCAUGAUCUAACAAUGGCAAGAGGGGUGGGGUGCAGCAGGCUGACAUUCAGUAGAAGAAGUAAAGGUAUAACUUUCCAAGACUGAUCUAAAGGGAUAAAGUUGUUUUGUGAAAAUGAACUUUUCCCCGAAGUCCCUGACCCACAGAAGUGGGUCCAUGAAAUCUGUAACUUUAAAAAAUGCCAGUGGAAUCUGUGUUCUUAGAAAAUAUUCCCCCUGGGUCUGGGAUCUUAGUAAUGUAGCGCAGUGCUAGCACGUGAGCACCUGAAAGAUGAAUAGACCAGCCACUGUCUGUAAACAAAAGUCUUGAUGUCUAGCUGAAAUGGAGCCAACGAAUAGCACAACUGGUGACGAGUGAGCAAGAUGCCCAGAACACCUCUUUUUAACUGUCCAAAGUGUUUGUAAUAAGGGCAUUCUUGUAAGGAGUGUACAGAAUGAUACUUCACCUGGCAGGGCCCUUGUCUGCAGUACUGUUUGCAACAUAUUUUUGCAUUUGAAACCUUUCCUCUCGUAGCUCCUUGAGUACUUGGUCUCUGUUCUGUGUUCCAGGCUGUAUAAUGCUCUGGUUCUGAGCGAAGCUAUGUUACAAUGUGUUUCUUGGUUUGUAAAUGAGAUUAGAAGGUAACUUUGGGCAUGAUGCUGAAAUGGGCUGAGCAGAACUCCGAUUGACUUCGCUCACAGCAGGAGCUGACUCUUCCAGCUUCAGUCUCUCCCGGUGAAUUUCUGCUUGCCGAGCCAGGUUGCUGGUGACAGGAGUAGCGAAGAGAACCACAGAGUGACUCUGGGGGAAUGUCCUGGUCCUUUGUGGUGAUAUUUUCCUUGUGACAUUGCAGUGCUGAGUGAACUGAUCACACAAUGAUCUGUCGUGAGGUCUUUGUCACAGCCUUUCAAUGUCAAGCCUUCCUGUCAUUGUCUGGUGACUCCCAGCCAUUCUCAACACGGUGUUUUCUGCUUCCAUCUUGGUGGCUGAGCGUGAGGGUGUUCCUGGAUGCUUGGAACGAUCCUGGCUACUCCAGCCAGUUUGGUCAGUGAGUUGCUUUCUGCUGAGUCGUGUGUCAGGGUGGUAUAGGGUGCACGAGAUGAACAAUGCUCAUUCGCACUGCUUGAGACCAGACUCUCACCUGGCAUGUGGGUCUCUGAUUAAUGCACACAGCUAUUCCAAGCUACAAGCUGAAGAUCGCUGGUCUAGACAGUCUGAAGGGCAGAUGGUCAUGAGCCUGCUUUCCACGAUGCAUAUGGAUCACCUUAAAAUAAAGUUAAGGAGCAGAACUCAGACUUGCUCUGCUGAGCUCCUCUAAUGGAGCUUGUGACAGUAGGUCUUGAUCACUAGAGUAGGGAGGGGCUCUGCAUCUUAACUGACUAGUGGAGGCAUGAAACUAUUGCUGUCUAUUGCAUGACCAUCUCUCUGCAGCUUCCUUGAUGUUAGUGGGGCUAGGAAAAAACUGUCCCUGGUAGUCACAAUGACAUUCCAGCAAGGCUCCCUGGUGGUGAGGGCUGCCCAGAAUUUCUGAGGCCAUGAAUCUGGUGACUUUCUGGGAGUCUGAGGAUUUGAAUAGAAUGUAUCAAAGCUUAAAAUGCCUCUUAAUGAAAUGCAAGGCUCCCAAGCCAGCAGUAUUGGCUUAUGCUUGCACUUUCCUUGGUGGCUGGUGAGAAGUUAUUUGGAGCCCACUAGCGGUAGAAACCUAGUUGAUGCGUUGUCUUCACCCUACAUAGCUGUGUUUUGGGGACUCGGGACAGCCACUUGUGGACCCCGCUUUCUAGUUUUUACCUAGUGUGUUGGUUGACUUUAGUCCAACUAUUUUAUUUUGUCCUUUAAGGCUUGCUGUCCUCUGUGGCUUCAUCUGCACCAGAAAAAUCAGGCCCAUAAUUCACCACAGAUAGUGCUCAGCUGGAAGUAGCAAUAGCGGAAGUGCAAGUUUACACAGGGUGCUGGCAUAUUACCACAGUGCUGCUUCACCCUACUCUGAGCAGGGUGAGUGAUCAACACUCCUGCCCCUGUCUACACUUCUGCUUCCAUCACUGGGAAAU